AAUGAGGGACACAACCGUAACAACCAACACCCGAAUAAUAUAAUUAAAUUUAGACCACACAGAGACACACAACAGACGUGCAAGAAUAUGUUGACCUGGCUAAUGAUGAUGGGGCUGUUGCAAUGGGUGCGAGGGGAGGAUGUGUCAACUGAAUCAACCCAUGCAAACACCACAAAUUGGCAGGGCUCAAAUGAGAGUCUCUUCAGCACAGAGCUGAGCCAGAGGUGGGACAGUGUCAGCUCCACGAUCCACCCAGAGGAUGCACCUCCCUACAGCACGGAUCUGCCCACGUACGAGCAUUGCAUAGCCACGAGGAACUCCGUGGCGGAUCUAUUCACUGUGGUGCUGUAUGGACUCGUGUGCAUUGUGGGGCUCUUUGGCAACACUCUGGUGAUCUAUGUGGUGCUGCGGUUCUCCAAGAUGCAGACAGUGACGAAUAUUUACAUCCUAAAUCUGGCCAUAGCAGAUGAGUGCUUCCUGAUUGGCAUACCCUUCCUGCUCUACACAAUGCGAAUCUGCAGCUGGCGCUUCGGGGAAUUCAUGUGCAAGGCGUACAUGGUCAGCACCUCCAUCACAUCCUUCACCUCUUCGAUCUUCCUGCUCAUCAUGUCGGCGGACAGGUACAUAGCCGUCUGCCAUCCGAUAUCCUCGCCGCGAUAUCGCACCCUGCACAUAGCCAAGAUCGUGUCGGCGGUGGCCUGGUCCACGUCCGCAGUGCUGAUGCUCCCAGUGAUCCUCUACGCCAGCACAGUGGAGCAGGAGGACGGGGUCAACUACUCGUGCAACAUAAUGUGGCCGGAUGCGUAUAAGAAACAUUCGGGAACCACUUUCAUACUGUACACAUUUUUCCUAGGCUUCGCCACGCCGCUCUGUUUCAUCCUCAGUUUCUACUAUCUGGUCAUACGGAAACUUAAAUCGGUGGGUCCCAAACAGGCGACCAAGUCCAAGGAGAAGCGGCGGGCACAUCGCAAGGUCACGCGACUGGUGCUGACUGUCAUCACGGUGUACAUCUGCUGCUGGCUGCCCCACUGGAUGUCCCAGUUGGCGCUAAUCAACUCGAAUCCCGCUCAGCGUGACCUGUCGCGCCUGGAGAUACUCAUCUUUCUUCUACUGGGCGCCCUGGUCUACUCCAAUUCGGCCGUCAAUCCCAUACUCUAUGCCUUUCUCAGUGAAAACUUUCGCAAGAGCUUCUUCAAGGCCUUCACCUGCAUGACCCAGCAGGAUAUCAAUGCCCAGCUGCACCUGGAGCCGAGUGUAUUCACCAAGCAGGGCAGUCGUCGUCGGGGUGGCUCCAAGCGACUGCUCACCCCCAAUCCCCAGGUGCCACAGCUGCUGGCCAACAAUGCGGGCAACAACAAUUCCUCGACCGGCACCUCCUCCACAACGACAGCGGAGAAGACGGCAUCGACAGGGGCACAAAAGUCGAGUAGUUCCAAUGGCAAAUUAGCUUCUGCAGCCACCAAGGAACCGGAGAAUCUGAUCAUCUGCCUGGGGGAGCAGCAGGGAGAGGCCUUCUGCACUAUGGCCAGAAGAGGUUCCGGUGCAAUGCAGCAAACAGAUUUGUAACUAACUUUAAGACACAAUAUCUUCCUAAUCGAUGGGCGUAGGGAAAGGCAUUUCAUUAUUUUCUACCCAAUAAACAAUCUUGUAAACUUUCUCGAGCAAUACUACGUAUUUGAGUAGAGACUUUGGCAGUAUUAAUGAUUAACUAUAAUGUGUCCCUGCUCGGAAUAUUUAUGUAUAAGGAAUCUAAUUCUCUACCACACAACGAAAAAUGAAAAGAAAAUGGAACUGAAAUAUU